AAUACCAACUACAAAGUAGAUUGAAGCGAGAAUACAAUGUGCUGAUGAUAAUGACGUUCCUGCAUCCAGACAAAAUGAAGCAUCCUGAUGAUUCUAGAUUCCAGAACCGGACAAAUAGUACUCAAAAGGGAUUGAAUUUGGGAUUACGUUUUUGCCCUGAAUGGUUCAACAUAUAAGAAACAUCUGCAGGAGCAUUCCAAUUCGAGAAGCCUUUGUGAACGUCAGCACCCACUUUCAGCCGACAACAUCCUUAUUCGUCAAAAUCGACAUCAGGCUUGGUGAGAUUUCGCUUAUUUAAUGUCAUCUUUGUUGAUAAACUAAUGGGUUCCGAGAGUCCCAGUCCUGAUCUCUCUGUUUGUUUUGAAACGUACAGCUCCGAAAGUUGGAACUGCCUACUAAUCAUCUGAGAUAACAAGGUUGCAGUGAAAAACAAAUUUUAUCCCUGUUUUUUUUUUUUGUCAAUAUUCUUCUAUUCUAAUUUUGAUUCUGUUAGAUGAUAUUAGUUUUUACAUUUUACAGACUUUGUUCACUCUACAGAUUCGGAUCUGAACAACUUGGUGCAUUGUACACAGGGUCCACUGUAGACAGUUGAAUCAUGGAACUUGAACAAAACAUAGAGCAUGCAUUGCUUCGUCACAUAAGACCGUAUCAGAUUACUUUCAAAAUCAGAGUUCGUGCAUCCAGACUAUGGAGACCGAAAAAGUAUUACAAUGACAUAUACGGUGGCCUCCAUUAUCUGUUAAUCGACGAAGAGGGACAUGCUAUUCAUGGUUUAAUUGAGGAAUAUGCUUAUCCUUACAUGUCCAACAAAAUGGAAGAAGGACAGGUGUAUGACAUUACCAAUUUCUAUAACCGCAAACCUAUAUCAAAAUAUAAAGUUGCUGAUCACGUGGUAGAACUGUGUUUCAAUGAGUCAACAAAGUUUGAGCCUGUAAUGGAUGCAUUCCCUCCAAUCCCAGAACAUUCAUUUAACUUCCUUCAUUUUGACAACUUGGAGGACCAGAUGAGGACUCAGACAUUACUUAAGGAUGUUUACGGUUGUAUCAAAUCACUCAGACCAGAACAUCAAGUUACUGUCAAAGACACUGAAAAAUUGGAAUCAAAAUGUGAAAUCUUUGUAGAAAAUUUGAGGAGGGAGGAUAUCAGAAUUACCUUCUGGGGUGACAUAGCUAGAAAGUUUGAUAUGGAAAGAGUUAAACAGUUAUCGCCACCAGUGCUCGCUGUAUUCACGGGUUUAAGGUUGACCAAAUUCCAAGAACGGGUAACAGCAGCAACAACAGGCCAUACAUGCAUCAUCAUCAAUCCAGAUAUUCCAAUAGCAAAUGAAUACAAAGCUGAGCGACAAAGUGAAAGUACUUCCUGUACCUUUCAAACGGCCAACAGCAGAAGAGAUGAAAGACAAAACAACAAAGUGGGUCUUUGAAUUAAACACAUUGGAUCCAGAUAUAUACAUGAAUAAAACAGUGUGUUGCACUGCUUCGAUCCUCCAGUUUCCAGUCCAUAAUGGUUGGUGGUAUAGAGGCUGUUCAAAGUGUUUUAAACAACUGAAGCAAAGAGAGGACAGCGGUGAAUUAAUUUGUCCUAAACAUGAUGUGCAAAUAGCUGUGCCAUGUUACAAAGUUUAUGUCACCAUUCGAGAUGAUAAUAAUCAAGCAACGCUCAUUCUGAUGGGGAGACAGGCAGAGCAGUUGUUUGGCAUCAAUUGUCAAGAUCUGGUGAACAAAAGAUUGUAUCCAACAGAGCAGGCACUACCAGAAGAGAUUAAGAAGACAACUGAUGAAACCUAUCUCUUUGAAAUCACAGUCAAUCAAUAUAGCGAGCUGAUGGUCAGAAACAUUUUCCCAAGUAAGAAAUCCUUUGCAUCAAUGGUGGAACAAACCCCAACCACUGUAACACUGGAGCGGCUUCCAACUGAAAGAAAAAGAAACAUUGAAGCAAGUGGAAAAGCUUUGUGCAUCGUAGAGCCUGAGAAAAAAGCCAAGAAUGAGAAGGAGACCAAGCAUGGAGCAAUGAUAUCGGCAUCAUCAGUGUCAUCAUCAGCAAGCAAAUAACAACUUCAGAAAGAAAAGGCAGACUUAAUCUAAAUUGCUCCUCUGUACAGCUGUAACUUAUUUGAUCUAAUUAUACCUGCGCUGACUCCAUUUUGUGUACAGCUAUAGUCAGUGAAACAACUGUAUCUUUUGGGAACUGGAGGUAUUAAUUUUUUGGUCAAACUCCUGUCUUAACUUUUUGAUAAUUAGCUCCAGUUGUUUCAGCAGUGAUAACAGAUCUAAUGAUCUUUGAACAAUGGAAGCGGUUAAUUUUCUGGACAACCAGUGCCAUCUACUCUGGCUGGGUUGUACUAGCUUCCUUUGAAUCAAAGACUCUAUUAGUACUGUAUUUGACUUAACUAUAUGUAGUAA